AUGAAGGCAUCACUCCUCCUAUCACUUCUACCCCUCGCCCACGGUGCUGUCAUCGACACCCGCCAAUCCAAGACUGGUGAUGGCAAGCAGGGCGACACAGACGCUACACAAGGCGAUCUCAGUCAAAGACCACCACCAAGAUUCCCUUUCCCCAUCACCAAGUUUCCCGUUGCCAAAGAGACAGUUGUUUUCAAGAAUGCCAAGUACAUCAUGCCCGGCGAGGUCUUUGACGGCAAGAUGAAGCGAUAUGAGCGUCCAGAGGGAAGCUGCAACGAACAGGCAGAGGGUACGGAUGCCGACACCGUUUUCAACUUGAUGCCUGGCGCGACUAUCCGAAAUGUCAUCAUUGGAAAACAUCAGGCUGAGGGUAUCCAUGCUUUGGGUGAUGCGUGGGUCGAAAAUGUUUGGUGGGAGGAUGUUUGCGAGGAUGCUCUAACAUCCAAGGGUCUCAACACACAAUUGAGAGUCAUCGGUGGUGGAGCCCGAAGUGCCACGGACAAGAUCUUCCAAGACAACUCUCUUGGUGGCAAGUACAACAUCACCGGUUUCUACGCUGAAGGCUUUGGGACAUUCUAUCAGUCCUGUGGCAACUGCCUCAACCAAGCCAAGCGCAACGCCACCAUCCAGAACGUCGUUGCCAGAGAUGGUCUUCGAAUGGGCAUCAUCAACCCCAACUUUGGCGAUGAGUUCCGCCUGAAGAACGCUCAAAUCGACAAUGUCACCAGCAUCUGUGACAAGGAGAUUGGCAACAACGUGCAGACAGUUCCUUACUAUGUUGGAAACGGACCAGAUGAGAAGUACGCCUUGUACAAUGAGACGAGGGAUAACAUCACCAAGUACAAGGGCGAGGUCAAGUUGGCUUAUGAGCCUGAGGACCCCUAUGAGUGGCUUGAGGAGUUUUGGCCCGAGGGUUUCAACUAA